AUGGCGUCAGCUCCAGCGUUCAACAACAUUGCCUACGCACCCGCCCCAUUGACGUCCAUGUCGGCACCACCACUAUCUCAUGUCGGCUCACCCGUUGAAGAAGGCACAGUACGGUUCCCCACGACGGAACGCCCAGACUUCCCUUCAGUCUACAGCCAGGAGUCGGCACCCCCUUCUGCACCGCCGUGCUCUGAGAAUGUAUGGUCACCCCCCGUCAUUCUGGAUCAAGGUUCCCAGCUUCACGAAAGCCCCAUCGAAGAGGACGAGCCCUUGACCAUGCUUCCAAAGAGCGACAGCUUGAGAAACAGUUUACAGUGGGGCCAGAAGCGCGACUCGGGCCACUUGCGCCGUGGUUCGGCGGCAGUCGGCUCUGAAGAAAGCCAUGUUGCCAACAUGGGCCACACGACCGUGGACCUGCACGGCAAGGCCCUGCCCACGCUCCCCGCGAUGUCACCACAGUCGGCGCCCAGAGACAAGGACGGUUCGAUCCCUCGCACACCGACAACACCGAGUCGUCCCAAUGCCGACCAGCCAGCCACCCGCUCGCCUUCGAUGCCGCAGUUACCCGUGCCAAGAACAAGAGCAAGAGGCAACACCGAGUCCUCGCCAAAGUACAUGAGGUCGCAGACUGGGCCUGCCCACUUGCGGCCUGGCCAGUCGGGUCACACGAGGCCCAAGUCGAUGGUCUUCCCCUUCUUCCCGCCAUCGCCAGCAACCUCGUCGUUGUCGAAACGUGCCCAUCUCAUCCGCGAGAUUGCCAACACGGAGCGUGCCCACGCCACUGACCUUCAAUUGAUCCAGCAAGCGUACGUGGGAAGCUACAUUCGGCCUGAUUCGCAUCAUUCCAUCGGCACGAACGGUGAAUCGAGCAACAGCUCGGGCGCACGCGUCGACUCGCAGCACUCGCAGAGAAGCUCGUCGUACGGCACUCCAGGCAGUGAGGAUACGCGCAGAACGAGCGCCGCAGAGAGCAGCACGCAACGCGUUAGCGGGCACGAGAGGAAGAGCGUACAUGAGCGCAGGAGUGGCCAUGAGCGACGCAUCAGCGGUCACGACCUCACCAAGGCGUUUGGUGGCCUCAUGUCGCCGGUGUUCAGGGGCAACAGCACUCCUCGGGAGCGUGGCAACUCUGAUCGCAGUAUCGAGCACACCCCGCCUACGGGCUCGAUGGCGUCAAUGGACACGCUCUACCCCUCUGGCUCGUCGACGGCGGCUUCGAGUCUGUCGAUCAACACUCCGGCCCAGUCUUCGCCAAAAACGCCAACCCAGUCGGAAGCAGCAGCCUUGUUGACCAAGAUGGGACCGCCGGUCGGUAGGCCACUGCAGCCCGCCGACCUCAAGGCGGUGUUCCUCAACAUCUCGCAGCUGGCUGAGGCCUCGAACGAACUCGCAGACGCAUUCGAAAGAGCCAUGGGUUCGGAAGAAGACUUGCUGCAGGGAUCCGGCGAGCGUGGCUCUGAUCACUUGGGAGAAGUCUUCUCCAAGAUGCUCUCGACUCUCCGUCCGCUCUACACCUACUACUGUGCCCGCCAGUCAACCGCCAGCGCUCGCCUGACCGAGUUGAUGGCCGACCCAGCGACAGCUGCGCACCUCAAUGACUGCUGGCUGAGAGUGAAGUCUCACACGCACGCGUGGAACCUCGACUCGAUGCUCAUCAAGCCUGUGCAGCGCAUUACGAAGUACCCGUUACUCUUUGAUGAUCUGCUGUCGUGCACCUCGCCCUCGCACCCCGACUACCACCACAUCCGCCAUGCCGCGGAGGGUGCGCGGACUCUGGCGCUCGAGAUCGACGACGCCAAACGCCGAAAGGACGUUAUUACCAGUGUGAUUCGCAAGUCGCCGUCGAUCCCGAGCGUGAACAAGGACAACAAGCUGCCUGGAACCGGUGGCCGUUUGCUCGCCCUGAGGCGGUUCAAGAAGGACAAGUCGCCGUCCAUGUCAGGAACGACGACACCGGGAGACUCUGGUGGUAUCCCUCUCGACAUUACGCCUUACGCCCAGAGCCAGCUCAAAGAGCUCGUCAACAGGCUCGAGGAAGGCGAGCAAAAUGUCAGAAAGGUUGGCAAGGAGAUGCUCGAGUGGGCCUCGGCCACCAAGAUUCUCCUGUCGGCUGAGGGCGAGGUCAACAACGACUUCUGGAAGGUGUACUCACUCGCUGGUUCCACUCCAAACGAGCACCCGCAUGUCAAGAUUGAGGCGUACCACAAUGUCCAAAAGGAGAUCCUGGCGACGGUGUGGACCGAGAUGAACUCUGAGGUCUGCAACUCGAUCAUGCUCAUGCUUGGCAAGCUGUUAGACGCGACCAAGAACCCGAUGACCGUCAUUGAGAAGCUCAACAGAAAGUCGUCCGAGUACGCGCGUUACGUUGCGUUCAAGCAAGCCAAGAAGACGGUCGACAGGUUACUCCUGACCGAGGCUAGCGACUAUGUGGCUAUCCACACGCAGCUUCUCGAGGAGCUGCCCGAUUUCCUCGACGGCCACCAGAAGAUCUUCGAGAUGGCCAUGUCGGCCUUCAUCAUGACCCAGGCUCGCUUCUACGAGGGUAUUCGCGACCGCGUCCAAUUAUUCGCGAUCCAGUACCUCACGAUGAGGCCAAUCGACUCGGCGAGCAAGCAGGAACGGCGCGUGUCGCACGCUCGUGGCAUUCACAGAAUGUUUUACAACGAGAAUUCGUCUGCCGAAAAGUCGAUGCAGCGGAUCGGCUGUGUCAACGGCGACCUCAGCGGUCGGCCAGCAACUGUCCACGAGGCCAAGUCUCCUGGUGCAGCGAGCAACAAGUCUGAGCUCCACCCGUUACGCCACACGCCGUCGACCCGCUCCAUCAAGUCGACCAGCAGAGAGAGUAGCGAGUCGUCUGGCACCGGCCGCACGAGAUCCAUGUCUUUGGUGCAGAGAGACGAUGCGCUGUCACGCAGCGGGUCCAUUUCUGCGGGCAACAGCUCUCGCUUGCUGAGAAGACCAAGCCAGCUGGCACAGAGACAGGACAGCUACAGCGAGAGCAACCGCAGCAGUGGUGCCUUCAGCCUCAGCGGCGGCGCUGGCAACCGAUCGACGGCGUCUGUGCCCCCGCUUGAUCGCUCCCGUUCGCACUCGCGCUCCGACUCGCGCCUUACCGUCCUGUCGACCGACUCGACCGAGGAGAGCAUUGGCAGACACUCGUUUGGCCUCCCGCGCAUCCCUCUCGAGGGCAGCGGGCUUGUGUUUGACUCUUUCGGCUUCUCUCCAUCCAAGCCAUCGACACCAAUCUACGGCCGCCACGAUAUCAAUGGCUCGGGUCAGUCGUCGCCUACAGCCUCGACGGACCCGGCGCUUGCCGCACUGGGCCUUGUGAACGGCAGCAACUCGGACGUGCUCACGAUCACGAUGAAGCACCGAUCGCAGCCGAACCAGUCGUCGCCACUGUCGACGACGACCACUUCGUCGGCGUCGGUGUUGUCCAACGAGCCUGACGCGAGCACGAGCUGGCAGGGCUCCAAGACGCUGUACAGCUGCCAGGCUGUUGCCGACUUCAAUCCCGCCGAACAUGGCAACAAGCGCUUCCAGGGUCUCCAGUUCCUUUCUCUCGCCACGGGCGACCUCGUCAACGUCUACCACGAGGUCGGGCGCGUUGCCGAUCUGCGCGACUUCCCCUACACUUCUGUCGGUGUUGAAAACGAUGGUGCGGUGGUCUGCUGUGCCGAGAACGGCGCGAUCGGCGUUGCCAUGUGCAGCUUCCUCGAGCCGUUGCAGGCGUAGGUGACCUCGCGACCUUAGCACCACUCCCACACACACACAUACAAGCACUUCCUCCACUUCUGGGCUUGUGCGGUAUCUUUGUCUAGUUUGUACCAUGACCACUCGGCAUACACCGGGGCCGUACGCGCGGGGGCGUACGGCCGAGUCGUCUCUGUUUUACUACCAUCCGUAGGGCUGUGGACUAUGUAACGGUAACAUGUG